AUAAAGAGCAGCGGUUUCUGGUCAAGGCUGCUUGAGCGACAACGUUGUCUUACGGGACAGGCUUGUCCAGUUUGAAACGGGGUAUAAAUAAGUAGUGGGAGCGGAUACUAGGCGCACACUACGCGCACACGACACACGUCUGUGUUUCUGGAGGCGACACAUGUAGCGAGAGCGGUCGUGGAAAAUAAUAGUAAGGAUGGCAGACAUUCGCAAAAAACUUGUGGUGGUGGGGGACGGCGCGUGUGGCAAGACGUGUCUGCUGAUUGUCUUCAGCAAAGACGAGUUCCCCGAGGUGUAUGUCCCCACUGUCUUUGAGACAUAUGUGGCGGACAUAGAGGCGGACAACAAGCAAGUGCAGCUGGCUCUGUGGGACACAGCCGGGCAGGAAGACUACGACCGCCUGCGCCCUCUCUCCUACCCGGACACGGAUGUCAUUCUCAUGUGCUUCUCCGUGGACAGCCCGGAUUCUUUGGAAAACAUCCCCGAAAAGUGGGUGCCCGAGGUCAAACACUUUUGUCCCAAUGUGCCGAUUAUACUAGUGGCCAACAAGAAGGAUCUGCGCAACGAUGAGGGCGUAAAGAACGAUCUGUCCCGGCUGAAGCUGGAGCCUGUGAAACCGGAGGACGGCCGCGCCAUGGCCAUGCGCAUUGGCGCAUAUGACUAUUUGGAAUGUUCAGCCAAAACCAAGGAGGGGAUCUGGGAAGUGUUCGAGAGCGCAACGCGGGCGGCCCUGCAGAAGCGGAACACGCCGCCCGGCGGUUGUCUCAAGUGCUGUGUUUUGAUGUGAGUCCACGGUUGCGUGGAGGAGAAAACACGAGGCGCGGACACGGUCAGACGCGGCCGGACAUCGUCGAGGGCAGUGACCGUGGGGCUGGGUACUUCCCCUUGGCUCAACCUAAACGAGUGACUGUUGCUGUGAACACGCCGGGCUGUGAGAUUUGCACUGGUUUCAGUCUGUUCUGUGUGGGGGUCACAUGAUCCAGUCUGACUGUUUGGGGGGCGGGGGGUGAAAGGACAAACCACAGGCGUUUCAGUCUGGACGCUGUUAACUAUAGAUUGUUAAAGGUCCACUGUGUAUUUGAAUUUACUACCAUUAUGUGUUUGGUUUUCAGAACAAUACUUUUGUAUGUACUUUUCACAAGGGUUGAGCUGGACUUUGUUUUGUUUUUAAAACAGACACUUGUUGAACAGUGAAACAUUUCACACAGUUGAGAUAUGAGAUAUGAGAUAUGAGAUGUUAUACCUCACAGUGUUGACAUUAUAUUAAUAUAUAUAUAAUGGAACUGUUUGAAGAAAGGUAUUGUUAUUGAUACGAGUGUCCAGCCUUGAGAAGGGCCUUGCUUUACAGAGGCAGCCAUCUUUCGCCGCCACGUUUCUACAGCAGUUUUAAUUGGACAAACCAUCCAAAGUGUGUAUUUUGUGUUGUGAAGCGGACCCUUGUUACACAAAUGCAGAUAAACAGCAUCAUUUGUGGCACAUGAAGGCCACCAUAGUUGCCUGCUGAGUGUGUGGGGGGGUGUCACAAAUGACACUACACACUGGACCUUUAAUUUCUCACCCUAUUCUGUGUUAAAAAAUAAUAAUAAUAACAAUGCAACUUUGCAUAGAGGCCACAGCCUUACUGCAGAGGUCACACAUUUUGUAUUAAGCAAAGCGGAUACAAUUGCACUCAUUAUUUAUGUCGACCUUGUGUUGUAAAAUCGUGUGAUAUAACUACAGUAUUUUAGAGAGUUUUAAGCCUUCAAAUCGGUAUGAAGUUCUGUAUUUCUCCUCUGCUCAGGCUUGAUGCCAUUUGUACAUUACAGCUCAGGUUUGGUAGGUUUAAAUAUGUUUUUUUUUUCUAGGGCUGCAACUAACUUAACUUAGUCUGUCAGUUUAUUUCUUGUUUGAUCAGUAAUUUGUCUUCUUUUGUCUACAAAGCAAACGUAGAGGAACAAAAAAAACCAAGCCGAAUUAUACAGCAUAUCGACAUUAAAGAGGCUGAAGUUACAUAACUUAUUUCAAACAAACACUUCGGGCUGCAACAGUUAAUCGAUUCAUCACUUUGAGUGUUUUUUUUUGGCGUUUCUUUAAUUCUUAAUUCUUCUUUAAUAAUUAAAGCUUCUUGAAUGUGAACAUUUUUUUGUUUUUCCCUUGCUCCAUAUGACAAAGAAAUCAGUAAAACUGAAUCAUAAUCGUGAGUUGCAGCCCUACAAACACUACAAUUUAUCAAUUGACUAUCAAAAUAGUUGAUUGAUUUUGUUACAGCCUUAUUUUUGCCUCCACAGUGUUGUUCAGUUUGAGAGGACACAAGUGAGAAAAGUUUGUAGUUGUUUUUUUUGAUUAUGUAAGGAAAAAGUACACAAAGACAAUGUCAGAGAACAAUGUCAUGGUCAAAAUGUUUUCAUAUUUCAUCACAUUCACAAAUCCCUGGCUGUCUCCAAGACACUAAAAGACUUUGUCCGUUUGUCCAUCCAUCUAAUGCUGUGUGAGGGAUGUUUCCAUGAGACGACUGAGCAUGUGCGAUCUCUUGAUUUCUUGAAAGGUGUAAUUAAAAGGAAAAGCGGGGCUCCAUCUGAGCCACUCGAACACACUCAUGGGGGGGUUAAGCCACGAGGUGGCAACUUAUAAAGAGAAAUGAAAUUCAAAUGUGUCAUAUGUGAAGUUAUAACUGCCAUGUUAUAGUGCUGACACAAACAGAAGGGUAUCCCUUUGAUGGAAACACUUAAUGUAAAGGAGUUCAGCUUUCAGAGGCCGUAAAAAGUUUGUUUACAUUAAUAAACUGAAUUAUGACUGUUUGACACACGCAAACGCCGUGUUAACCUAAUGUCUGUGAAUGUAUCUGUUCAGAAACCUUGUCGGAGCCUCGAAGGUAACGGAAUAAGUCAAUGUAUGUCCGCUUAAUAUUCCAUUCUUGCGAAAUAAAUUCAGGUCACAUUUGAUCUGUGUCUUCACAGCA